AUGCCCAUAAAGGAGCGGGACCAUGUAGUAAAGAGUGGGAAGUGUAUUGCGGAUAACGAUCAAGUGCAUAUUUUCCUUCGGGAACAUUUUAUUCAUUGGCUUGACGUCAUGAGCCUCUUGGGUGGCGCCUUCGAGAUUAUUUAUAUGUUUGUGAAUCUGCAAUCCAAGGUCGAUGCAAGUUGUGAAUGGGGAAAAUUUUACCAAGCUCUUGCGGGAUAUAAAACGGUUCACCCUUCAAAACAAGUGGUUAAUCAACAAGGCGCCAGUGCAAACACAUUCCUCAGCUGUUCUCUUCUCACCGGAGUUGAGUAUUGUAAAAGGGCUAUUCAAACUACACUGGGUCCAGAAAUACUCAGGGGUCCCGCCUGA